AUCUUUAAAUGUACACUUAAUCAUAUUGUCUUUAUUUUAAGAAUUUCUCUAUAUGCCAUGCAAACAUUACAUGAUUAUUCUAAAUUGUGUGUGUAUAAUAUUAAAUAAAAUUGCGUUUUUGAGUUCUGGCUUCGACGACCGCCCCGCAUGUGAGCAUGACGUCAUCUUUGUUUACUUUUACCUAGGCCACGCCUCCGUUAGCACUUGUGGCUAGCGCCGCUGCUCGUUGCCAGAGAAGAGCACUGUUCCGAGAUUUGUCUUCACUCAUCAGCCUAGGCAAAAGAUCGUCCACCUCUGGAUUAGUCCGUCAGUGACGUCCAGAUGCAUGAGUCUGGGUCAGAACCAGCCAGCCACAGCAUUCCAGCGAUUAAGAUAGAGAACGGGCACAGCAGUGAGAAUGAGAGUCGAGUGAGGGGCAGCCACACUCCUCCCCCAGAGGCACCACGGGUCCCAGUGUCAGCAUCUAUGAUGACCCCUCCAGCUGAAGCGCCACAGCAGAUACAGCCGUCUCCACAGCAGCAGGUCCUCAGUCCACAGCAGCUCCAGGCUCUGCUGCAGCAACAGAAAGCACUCAUGUUACACCAGCAACAAAUUCAAGAUGUCUUCAAGACUCAGCAGGAACAACUUAAUCUCCAGUUGCUACAGCACAAGAAUGUUGGAAUUGGUAAUCAGGAGCUCACACCUCAGCAGCUGGCCAUCCAGCAGCAGCUCCUCCAGGUGCAUCAACAUCACCUCCUGAACCUGCAGAGACAAGGCCUGCUCUCAGUGCUGCCCACCAACACCUCUGCUCUCACAAGUUCUGACAAUGGCAGCGUUGUUGGGGCAGACACAAGGGAGUCUUCAGCUCUGUCUGCCACCAAUGGUCAUCACCUCCUAAAGAAAAAAGACAGUGGAUCACAGGAUGAACAUACUCAAGCCAGUCAUGCUCUGUACGGGAAUGGGAUGUGCAAGUGGCCAGGCUGUGAGACUGUUUUUGGAGACUUUAAUGCUUUUCUCAAACAUUUAAACAGUGAGCACACUCUGGAUGACAAGAGCACAGCACAGUGUCGUGUGCAAAUGCAAGUGGUUCAGCAACUGGAACUACAGUUAAAAAAGGACAAGGAGCGACUUCAAGCGAUGAUGGCACAUCUGAAGUCUUCUGAGCCCAGACCAGCAGCACAGCCUGUAUGUAGUAGACUCUGUUAUCAUGGGCCCAUAUCAUUUAUUUAUAUAUAGAGGACUAUUCAUCUUAAUUGUUCCUUGCAUAAAAUAUCUAGGUUUAUUUUAAUAAUGAUAAUAUAACAACUAAUCUAUUUAAAGGCUUUAACAA